AUGGGAAUAAGACAAUCCGCUCAAUGUCCAGUGAAGCCUGAAGUAUUGGAAACGGUGAAGCUACACUCAGUUGUUAUAUAUAGUCGACAUUUAGAUCCAAGCUCUUUUAAAGCAGAAAAUCUUCUUACUCCCCCCUUUAAAUUGGAACAAAAAAUUUUGUUCCAAUUUAAAGGGGGUUAAGAAAAUUUUUUUAAAAAAAAAUCAAUAUAAAAUUUUUUAUAAAAAAAAAUUUUCAAAAUUUAUCGAAUUAGAUUAAUAAAUUUGUUUAAUAAAAUGCUAUUUACUCUUUAUCCAUACAAAACAAAGCAAUAUAUAAACUAAAAUUUUACUAUUAAUCAAUACGCCACUAUUAAUUAGUAUCAAAACUAUUUACACAACAAAAAUUAUUAUUUUUAUUGAUAAAAAAAUAAAUAAAAAAAAAAAAUUUAGAAAAUUUAUCAAUCAAAGUGCCAAUUUUGUUUUAAUAAGAUAUAAUUUAUACUCUAUUCUUUAAAAUAAAGCAAGAGAUAAGUAAAUUUUCAAUUUUUGUAAAGAAUUCGGAUUUAUAUAAAAAAUAUCAUUGUUAUUAAAAAAAUAAUUUUUUUUUUUAAAAAUUUAGCAAUUAAGGAUAAUAAAUUUAUUUAAAUAAGAUGCUCUUUAUACUCUAUUCUUUAAACAAGAACAAGAUAUAACUAAAUUUUUAAUUUUAGUUAAGAAGAAACAUUUAACUUAUAUCAAAAGUUUUUACAUAAAAAUUAUGAUUUUUAUAUAUAAAAUUUUUUAUUAUAAAAUUAAAUUUUGUUCCAAUUUAACGGGGGGUUAAUUUACCAAAAAAAUGGAAAUUUUACAUAUAUUUUGUUCCAAUUUAAAAAGGGGGGAAUUAGAAGGAUUGGGGUGGAUCCAUAUGUAAUUGAAGUAGAAUUCGAAGAAAAUCAGAGAAUGAUUAUGAGAGCUUUAUUUCAAAUGACCGGACAAGUGACUUUACCAAUAAUCUUUAUUGGUGGAAAAUUUGUUGGAAGCACUCUCGAAUUAUCCAAAGGAAUUAAAUCUGGGUAUAUACAAAUUUUAUUAAAAAGAAACAAUGUUGAAAUUACUGAAAGCGAAGAAAGCGAUGAAGACAACCAAUAA